CAAUUAUACAAAGAUAUUUUUCAUCUAACGUCACAUUCAAUCUUGAAUCUGAGAUGGGAAACUUGUUCAACUUGUUAAUCUUACCAAUCAGUUCCGUCUCCUUCCUCUGCAUUAACUAUUAAGAUUCAUCAGAGAGAAUCAGAGAGAGAGAGAAACAGAGAUCCAUUUCAUCAAUUCGACUAAGCUAGCUUGUGUGAUUGCACCAAUCCCACUUCGAUCUACACAGCAAUCACCGCGAGCUCUGUCUCUCUGUCUCUCUCUCUGUAUCGGUGGUAUUUGAUUGAUGGGUGAAGAGAUAAUAGUAAACGAUGAAACCAGCUCUGAGACUAAACCAAGUCCGAAGCUGACACUAUUGCCUCUAGUCUUUCUGAUUUUCUAUGAAGUUUCUGGUGGACCUUUUGGUGUGGAGGACUCUGUGAAAUCAGGUGGUGGUCCUCUCUUAUCCCUUUUAGGGUUCUUGAUUUUUCCUCUGAUUUGGAGUAUACCCGAAGCUCUGGUUACAGCAGAGCUUGCCACAAGCUUCCCUGAGAAUGGUGGCUACGUUGUUUGGAUCUCUUCAGCGUUUGGUCCGUUUUGGGGAUUCCAAGAAGGGUUUUGGAAAUGGUUCAGUGGAGUUAUGGAUAAUGCUCUGUACCCUGUACUGUUUCUUGAUUACCUGAAACAUUCGUUUCCGGUUUUGAAUCAUGUAGCUGCUCGUGUUCCUGCUCUGUUAAUCAUUACGUUUUCACUGACUUAUUUGAACUAUAGAGGAUUGCAUAUUGUUGGAAUAUCAGCUGUUGUGCUAGCGAUUUUUUCGCUCUGUCCUUUCGUUGUAAUGGCUUUGCUUGCUAUUCCUCGAAUCAGGCCUAAGCGUUGGCUGGUUGUGGAUACUAGGAAGAUUAACUGGAGAGGGUACUUUAAUACCAUGUUUUGGAAUCUGAACUAUUGGGACAAAGCUAGUACUCUUGCAGGAGAAGUUGACAGUCCUGGGAAGACGUUUCCAAAGGCUUUGUUUGGAGCGGUUUUGUUAGUCAUGGGGUCAUAUUUGAUUCCCCUCAUGGCAGGGACUGGAGCUUUAACCUCCUCUUCUGAAGAGUGGAGUGAUGGGUAUUUUGCUGAGGUUGGAAUGCUUAUUGGUGGUGUUUGGCUCAAGGGAUGGAUCCAAGCUGCUGCUGCAAUGUCUAAUCUUGGUUUGUUUGAAGCCGAGAUGAGUAGUGAUGCGUUUCAGCUUCUCGGUAUGAGUGAGAUUGGGAUGCUCCCUGCAUUUUUUGCUCAAAGGUCAAAGUAUGGGACACCAACGAUCAGUAUACUGUGCUCAGCUACAGGAGUCAUAUUCCUGUCGUGGAUGAGCUUCCAAGAGAUCAUUGAGUUUCUGAAUUUCUUGUACGCGUUAGGAAUGCUUUUGGAGUUCGCAGCCUUUGUCAAACUAAGGAUUAAGAAACCGGAUCUCAACCGACCUUAUAGAGUUCCCUUGAACACAUUUGGAGUUUUCAUGCUAUGCCUGCCUCCUUCUUUGCUUGUCAUUCUUGUGAUGGUUUUGGCCGCCCCGAGGACAUUUCUUAUCAGUGGCGUGAUUAUCAUUCUCGGGUUCUGCCUGUACCCGCUCUUAACACUUGUGAAGGAGAAACGAUGGGUGAGAUUUGUCCCGGAGGAAACAAGAACAGUUUCAGGAGUUCCAUCAGGAGAGUCAGGGUUGGAUGAAGAACAAGGAGAUGAGUCUUCUGCUAGUCUUCUCCCAUGAUCACACAUUCACACCACCUGUAAAAAGACAAACCAACAACAGUUGGUGAUUCUUGCACAAAUCUUUAAAGGCGCAUGGUAAGUCUUGUAUAGAUUGUAAAAAAUGCAAUUUAUUUAUGUCUUGCUCAACUUCUGGUUAAAGUACAGAAAACAAUACAAGAAAGUAUUGUAGAAGCAGGAGGGGUUCUGAGUAAAUUAAAUUGUCUAAAGCAUGUAUUGCUUAUUGUUACAGAAUGUAUAUACACAUAAGACUUAAAUUUGUUGAUAUCUGCCUACAUUUUCUAAUUUUCAAUUCUUGGAUUUAAAACAUUUGUACUUU